CGCGGGAACAGCGCGGAGCAGGUAACGGCGCAGCUGCUGCCGUCGUCCCCCUCAGCCGCUUUCUCUGUUACAGCCCCAGCUCUGGGCCCUUCCGGACCCUCCUGCUACGCUCUUUCUGGGCUUCCAGUAUCGCCGGUCACUCAGUCCUCGCCCCUGCCUGCCUCGCUGGCGCCCCGCCGUUUCCUCCUCGCGGCACAUUCUGCCAAGGAACAGCUACCCCGGCUCGGCAGUGACCGGGCGCCCCGGCGACACACGUACUCUCAGGCCCGCUGGGCAGGGGGACGGCCUGGGCCGAGGUUUUUAAAAAUAUAUUCUUUCUUUAAAAAGAGACCAAAACCUGUCAAAAAAAAUACUACCAUGGAAAGCUCCUAAAUACUACAGUGUGAAGAACCCUGUGCUUAUCUUCAGUUUAUCAUCAGACAUCUUAGGGAAGUUUGAUAAAGAACACCAGUGAGGAGAUUGUGGACUGCCUAAUAUAUUUCAUCAGAAGAGAAGGCUGGAGAAUUAAGCAGAUGCAGCAAAAAGCAGAAACUGACUUCAAAAAAACCCUCUCAGUAGAGAAAGUGAUAUUAGAUUCCUAUUGCAAAGGAUCUAAUGCCAGUUAAAUUCUCUUUUGCUUUCUUGAUAAAACAGGAGAAUUGAGAAUUAAAUGAAAAGGUAAUCCUUUUAAAGACCUCAGAAGAUGGAUCUGUUUGUUUCAAUCUGCUUUUGAGGUUGUUUGCUAUGUCUUUGGCUGAUCUAACAAAAACAAAUAUAGAUGAGCAUUUCUCCAGCGUGGCAUUAGAAAACAAUAGGAGGUCUGCAGAAUGCAAGAGAAGCCCAGGCACAGGCGAUUUUUCACGGAACAGUAAUGCUUCCAAUAAGAGUGUUGAUUAUAGCAGAUCUCAGUGCUCCUGUGGAAGUUUAAGUUCUCAGUAUGAUUAUUCAGAAGACUUUCUCUGUGAUUGUUCAGAAAAGGCUAUUAAUAGAAAUUAUUUAAAGCAGCCUGUGGUAAAAGAAAAGGAGAAGAAAAAGUAUAAUGUUUCUAAAAUCUCCCAAUCUAAAGGCCAGAAGGAAAUCUCAGUUGAAAAAAAGCACACCUGGAAUGCAUCACUCUUUAAUUCUCAAAUCCAUAUGAUUGCCCAAAGAAGAGAUGCUAUGGCUCAUCGAAUACUCUCAGCAAGGCUUCAUAAAAUUAAAGGACUAAAAAAUGAAUUAGCUGAUAUGCAUCAUAAAUUGGAAGCCAUCCUUACAGAAAACCAAUUUUUGAAACAACUUCAGCUUAGGCAUUUGAAAGCUAUAGGAAAAUAUGAGAAUUCACAAAAUAAUCUACCUCAAAUUAUGGCUAAACAUCAGAAUGAAGUAAAAAAUUUAAGGCAACUACUUAGGAAAUCCCAGGAAAAGGAAAGAACUGUAUCUAGGAAACUUAGAGAAACUGACAGCCAGUUACUGAAGACUAAAGAUAGCUUGCAGGCACUGCAGAAACUUUCUGAAGACAAAAACCUUGCAGAAAGGGAAGAACUCACUCAUAAAUUAUCUAUUAUCACAACAAAAAUGGAUGCAAAUGACAAAAAAAUACAGAGCUUGGAAAAACAACUGAGGUUGAACAGCAGAGCCUUUAGCCGGCAGCUGGCUAUUGAGACUCGGAAGACUUUAGCAGCUCAGACAGCUACCAAGACUCUGCAUGUGGAAGUAAAACACCUUCAACAAAAACUUAAGGAAAAGGAUCGUGAGCUUGAAAUUAAAAACAUCUAUAGUCAUCGAAUACUUAAAAAUUUACACGACACAGAGGACUAUCCAAAAGUUUCUUCAACAAAAUCAGUCCAAGCAGACAGAAAAAGUUUGCCAUUCACAAGUAUGAGACACCAGGGAACCCAAAAAUCAGAUGUUCCACCUUUGACAACUAAGGGUAAAAAGGCAACAGGAAACAUUGAUCAUAAAGAAAAAUCAACUGAAAUAAAUCAUGAAAUUCCUCACUGUGUGAAUAAACUACCAAAGCAAGAGGAUCCUAAGAGAAAAUAUGAAGAUUUAUCAGGGGAAGAGAAACAUUUGGAAGUCCAAAUACUGCUGGAGAAUACUGGAAGACAAAAAGACAAAAAAGAAGACCAAGAAAAGAAAACCAUUUUUGUGAAAGAAGAGCAAGAACUACCACCAAAAAUAAUUGAAGUUAUUCAUCCUGAAAGAGAAAGCAAUCAAGAAGAUGUUCUAGUAAGAGAAAAGUUUAAAAGAAGCAUGCAGAGAAAUGGCGUGGAUGACACACUUGGCAAAGGCACUGCUCCCUACACGAAAGGCCCCCUCAGACAAAGAAGACAUUACUCAUUCACAGAAGCAACUGAAAACCUGCAUCAUGGGCUUCCUGCUUCAGGGGGGCCAGCCAAUGCCGGCAACAUGAGGUACAGUCAUAGUACAGGCAAGCAUCUCAGUAACAGAGAGGAAAUGGAGCUAGAGCAUUCUGACAGUGGGUAUGAGCCCUCAUUUGGUAAGUCUUCCAGAAUAAAAGUGAAGGAUACAACUUUCAGAGAUAAGAAAAGCAGUCUCAUGGAAGAACUCUUUGGAUCAGGCUAUGUCUUGAAAACUGACCAAUCAAGUCCUGGUGUUGCAAAAGGCUCAGAGGAGCCUUUGCAAAGUAAGGAGUCGCAUCCCCUGCCUCCCAGUCAGGCCUCCGCCAGCAAUGCUUUCGGAGACUCUAAAGUAACUGUGGUAAAUUCUAUUAAGCCAUCGUCACCCACAGAAGGAAAAAGAAAAAUAAUUAUUUAAAUAUAAUCAAUAUCCUAACGCA